AUGCGCGAGCUCGUCCACAUCCAGGGAGGGCAAUGCGGGAACCAAAUCGGCGCCAAGUUCUGGGAAGUAAUCGCCGACGAGCACGGCAUUGACCCUACAGGCACCUACCAUGGCGACUCCGAUCUCCAACUCGAAAGGAUCAACGUUUACUUCAAUGAGGCGACUGGAGGUCGCUACGUGCCGCGUGCCGUCUUGAUGGAUCUUGAACCAGGCACGAUGGACAGCGUCCGAGCUGGACCUUUCGGGCAGCUGUUCCGUCCUGACAACUUUGUCUUUGGGCAGACGGGAGCUGGGAGCACUGGGGCCGGCAUGGGCACGUUGCUGGUGUCAAAGGCCGUGCUGAGCUUCCACCAGCUCGUGGAGAAUUCCGAUGAGUCCUUCCUGUUGGACAACGAGGACUGA